GGGUUAAGCAACAGAGUUCAGCAACUAAAUUGGGCGUCGAUGCUUUGUUUACUUUAAAUGCACUAGCAGAAGGUUUGGCAACAAGAAUUUAGCGAAUUUUGUUUUGAGAACUUCAAAAUAGUUAACACUAGUUGACUGACUUCCAUAAAUCAGAGAUAAGGGAAAGUAAGAAACGAAAAUUUGAAGUUUUUUUAUUUUGCCCAGAGGGUGGGGAGUGCUUUGGGAGACUUGAUGUGUAAGGUGGUCCAUACAAAGACCUUCAGAUCCAACUGCCUUUAAAUUCGAAAUUUGAAGCUUUCGUUCGUUUCCAUUUCUUUAUAUUUACAUGGGGAUGCCUUACCAAUCUUCUGUUUUCCCAAGGUUUGAGGCCAUGGAUCGCAUAAUUCAUGACUUGGCUAACAGUUCAGCUCAUCUCAAUUACACACGAUUCCUGGAUCUAAUAGCUGACCAUGAAAGGAACCCCAACCAGCACCCUCACAGUAAUUGGAAUGGACAUCAACCCAGUGAACCUUCUGCUGUUGGUUAUGAACUUUCUGCUCCCAAACCAGGACCUUCAGUUGUUUUUCCAACAUCGGUAACUGCAGCAGACACUUUGCAUGCUGCCAGAUCUCUAGCCCUUCAUGAUACUCCAUCUCGCAAUGAAACUUCAUUUAAAACUCUGUGCUUCACCGAACUUAAAGCAGAAAAUCCACCAUCGAUGUGUCAGCCUUCGACCAGCCGAAGAAUCGGUGUUAAAUCCGAGCCGCAUGAUGAUAAUGCCGGAAACGAACGAACAAAUCCUUCCAAAAGGUUGAUAUGUGGCGUGUGCAAUCUAGAAAUGCCGGAAACAAAAUUCGAUGAUCAUCGUUAUGCAGAACACAUAGGACUUGCCAGGCCAUAUGGCAUGUCACAGGAUUUUUCGGAUGCUGAAAAGAGACGAGAACUAAAGCGCGCAUUGCUUUUAAUGAAACAAGUAUCCUGCCCAUAUUGUUUGCGUAUUUUCACAUCAACGCUAGGAUUUCAAUACCACCAAUCCCGUUGUGAAGCUGAAGUUGGUGAUUCGCCAAAAAGGCAUAUAGACUGCUAUUUAUGUGGAAAACAAGUUGCUGCUUUCAGAGCCCAUAUGAAAAUACACCUAAAGGAAGAAAGACAGCAGUUGGUGAAGAUGUUAGAAGAAACCAAAAUUAUUUCCUGCCAUUACUGUGACAGCAAAUAUUCCACUCUCACUGGAUACAUCUAUCAUAAAGAUCGGUGCAGAUUUUCUCCUCAUCCUCCACUCGCUCCGUUAUUGAAAAAAUCUAAUAAAAGAAAAGAAGAGUGUGAGGUCUGUGGCAAAAAAGUAUUGGUCUUGAAAUCCCACAUGAAGCUUCAUGAAAGAGCCUUGGCUAAAACUGAGUAAUUUACGGUUCUUGUAGGCUAUUUGAUUUCGCAAUAAAAUGUACGGAAAGAUGCCUAAA